GCAACACUGUCGAAUCUGACGAUAAAGUGAUCAAGAAAGUGAGCUAGAAUCCGCCAGUGAAAUCAAUCCAAGUCUGCUUCCAGAAUCAAGGCCCCCGCCAUCUCGCCCUUAGAGAGCCCACGUUGCCCCGCCUUUGUCGUGGACUCGUCGAUUACCCAGCCCGUGAACCUUGCAUCACCGACAAGAUGUCUUCAAUGGGAGCUGCAGUGAUGCCGCGAAGUUUUCGUUUGUUGGAGGAGUUAGAGGCCGGUCAAAAAGGAGUGGGCGACGGUACAAUCUCUUGGGGGCUGGAGAACGAAGACGACAUCGAAUUGACUCACUGGACUGGCAUGAUCAUUGGACCACCCCGGACCAACUUUGAGAGCCGAAUGUAUAGCUUGAAAAUCGUGUGUGGACCGGAUUAUCCCGUGAAGCCCCCGCAAGUCAGAUUUACAUCCAGGAUUAACAUGAACAGUGUGUCUCCCAACGGACAGGUUGAUUCACGGGCUGUGCCCAUCCUUCACCGUUGGCAGCGCGAGUACUCGAUCAAGACUAUUCUGCAAGAUCUGCGUCGACAGAUGAUCUUGAAAGACAAUAUGAAGCUCACCCAACCGCCAGAGGGCAGUUCGUAUUAAUUAGACAAACCGAUGAUGAAGUCGACGACGAAUCGCUCGCUUGAAGUCCUCAAUUCCACCCGGACGGCAAAUACGAUCGGGGACAUUCAUUUGACAAGACCACGUCCAACCAGAGAUCACUUAUUGAAAAAAUGUCGCUUUGCCAUCCUAUCCUCCUCCUCAUCAUUCUAUCCUAUCCUAAUCAAGAACCCAAGUACUACCAACAUUAUUGUAAUAUAUAAUCUUCGAUGCGUUUUUUUGAGGUCUCAGUAAAGAACACCCAGUGAUAUAAAAAAAUCUCCUCCAAAUUUCUGGUCAAACACUUGCUCUUCCCCCGACUACUCUACUACUCUCCAAUCCUCAUCUCGACUUGAAAAAUGCAUGUCUGACCUAAUUCUCCAA